UGAGGCUAAAGAGAGAGCACUGAGCAUUUACGAACUGUGGUGAACUGUUGAAGGAUAAUAACAAGAAAACUGGAUAAGUGACACAUCUCUUUAAAUGUAAGACAUGAUAAGAUGUCUGAGAGUGAGAAGGUAGAGACUGGGAAAGAUGAGUUGUCCUCUCCCCCUGAAGAAAGCAUUGAGGCUGGGGAGAAAGAGCUGAGCAAAAGCCCCUCACCAAAUCCUGACAGUGAUGCCCUCUCUCCACCACUUAUUACAAUGCACAAUGACCCAGUGAAAGGGCGCAGGCGUGUUGGUGAUUUCAAACCCAAGAACACAGGACAAGCUGCUGCUUCAGCAGUGUUGUCUCCAACAGCAACUACACCGACACCUGGUAAAAAGACUACGCUGCUGUCCAAUGAGGUCAGGAAAGAGAUGGCUAAACAAGCCAAGGCUACCAAGGAUGAGCGCCGAGCCCAACUGGACUCCCGACACAAGUACCUCAUAUCCAAACUGGCAGACGGGAUUGGUCUUGGGGAAACCGAGGUGGAGGACAGUAUCGUUUCGGAUGACAAGUUUAAUAUGAUUGAAGAAUUCUUUGCACCAAAUGGAACAAAAAAGCUGCUCUUUUUCUAUCAAGAAGUCACCCAGCGGAAACAAAGCAGUCCUUCAUGCCUUGAUAACUCUAGUACAUAUGCCACUGCAUCCCAACCUCAAAAGAAACUUUUCAUUACCAGCGGAUCUGCUGAGGGUUUGUUUGGAAUGUGUUUAUUUUUUCUCAGAACCAUAGACAAAAACAUAACUACAGCAAAUGUCUCCCAGGAGGUGAAUUUUGGUAUGCUUGAAUGUUCUGGUGGGAACCUUCUUCACAGUCUGGAGAAUUUGCUCUCUCAAAUCAUGGUGCCUGCACUCAAGUCACAAGAGAACUGGGGAGCUGUGAAGGAUGGUCUUAAGAAUGUUCAGAUACAGGAGUUCCUCAGUUCCGUGGAUAAGUUUGUCAGCAGUCUGUCCUCAGCAAGGCAGAACAUGGAGGGCAGAUUCGAGCUUCAGACAGUGGAUAUGGGGUAUAAUCUUGACAACCUGCUAAAUCCUUCCGAUUACAUGAUAGCAGCUGGUAACAGUGAAAUGGUGGAGAAGCUAGAGGGAGUGCUGUUGCUGUGGGCAAAGCAGAUUGAGCAGGUUUUGACGGAGAGCGAGCAGAUAAGGAAGGAAGCAGAUGAUAUUGGUCCUUCAGCAGAGCUGGAGCACUGGAAGAAGAGAAUGACAAUUUUCAACAGUCUUCUGGAUGAAAUCAAGAGUUCUCAUGUAAAAAGAGUUGUGGGUACACUGCAGGUUGCGAAAUCUAGAGUUCUGAAGCACUGGAAAAAACUGAAUGGCAACAUCACAGAUGCAGCGAAUGAAGCUAAAGACAAUGUCAAAUAUCUGUAUACGCUGGAAAAAUUCUUUGGCCCCCUUGGGAAGUGUUCACCUGCCAACAUGGUGGAGCACAUUCCUAGUCUAAUAAAUGGCAUUCGGAUGAUUCACAGCAUAUCCCAGUACUACAAUACUUCGGAACGCAUGACGUCUCUCUUUGUAAAAAUCACCAAUCAGAUGAUCAGCACUUGCAGAGCAUAUCUUUGUCAAGGAGUUUCCAAAAUCUGGGAUCAUGACAGGAAUGAGUUACUCAAGAAGAUCCAAGAGUGCAUCAACCUGAACAAGGAAUAUCAGCAGUGCUUCCAUCAUGUGAGAGAAAAACUGAGAGAAAAUCCCAGUGACAAACAGUUUGAGUUCAGUGAGAACUACAUCUUUGGGAAGUUUGACACUUUCUGCAAACGCCUGGAGAAGCUGGCAGACGUGAUUAACACCAUUGAGAACCUUUCUGAUCUCCAGAAUGUGAAAAUUGAAGGGGUUGAAAAGAUUUACCUCCGUUUUCAAACCAUAGUGACAAACACCAAAUCCAAGACCUACGAUGUACUGGACCACAGAAAACAAGAGUUUGACAAUGACUACACAGAGUUCAGAUACCAGAUCAAUGGACUGUAUCAAGCCCUCCAGACAUUUGUGGAUUCCUGGUUUGAGCAGCCUUUGAGUACGGAGAGAAUGUUGGAUCUCCUGGCCAAGUUUGAACAGAUUGCUGGGGAGCAGCUUGACAUGACAGAUAAAUACUUGGUCGUCUUGCAGCGCUAUGGCAAAGACUUGGACCUUGUUCGCAAACUCUAUCAGAAACAAAAGGAUAACCCUCCAACUCCUCGCAAUAUACCUCCUGUUGCUGGAAAGAUCAUGUGGGCCAGGCAACUGUUUAGAAAGAUUGAUGGUCCAAUGAAAGUUUUGAAAAAGAAAACUGAAAUUAUGAAGGUUCCUGAAAUGAAGAAGAUCAUUCGGAACUACAACAAAAUGGCUGCCGUCCUGCUGGAGUUUGAGUUGCUGUAUCACCGGGGCUGGUGCCGGGCAGCAGAACUAGGCAGACAAGGGCUCAGCGCCUCCCUCCUUGUCAGGCAUCCUGAGAGCAAGGAUCUCUAUGUAAAUUUUGAUCCUGUGGUACUGGAAGUUCUUUAUGAAGCCAAGUACCUGUACAAAAUGGGCUAUGAAGUGCCAGAAGUUGUUCUCAACAUGUGUUCAAAUGAAGAUAAAAUUAAGGAACAACAAAUCAAACUGCAGGAAAUGUUACAAGACUAUGAAAGCGCAGUGAACAAGAUCCCUGCCAUGAUAAAGCCACUUAUGCAGCAGUUUGUGGGAAGGGUAGAAGAAGCCCUUUCACCUGGACUCACCAUGUUGUCAUGGACCUCCCUAAACAUUGAAAGAUUCAUUGGCAAUGUGUACAGUACGCUGACAGAGCUGGAACAGACUGUGAAAGAAGCUUCGGACACGCUGGACUGUCGGAUUGAGCAUAUUCUGCUGGCCAUGUCCUCCACUCCUCUGGUGGACCUGCCUGAGGAGGAACCUACUGAUGUGUACGCCUUCCAUGAAAUGACACAGAGUGUUGUGACCUUGGCGGCAGACACUUUGAUCAUACAAAGCCAACAAGUUGAGAGAUCCAUGCAUGAACUGAUUGAGGAUCUUAAGAACAAGAUGAAAGCAGCAGAAAAGGUCAACCUUCAGGACUCCUAUCAGUGCCUGCACCCUGACACCAAACAGAAGACUCGCUGCCAGGAGUGCUUGCCCUGCUGCUUCUAUAACAUGAUGGGGCAGGUCUGUCAGAAGAACACAGAUGCUCUGGUCAAAUGCACAAAGCUCUCUGUGGAUGCUCUCAAGCGACGUCUACAUGUUGUCAGCUCUAAAUACCAGGCAGCUGUACAGCCAAUAAAAACUUCAAACCAGGCCCCACUCUUCAAAGCUGCAAUUCAGCUUGCCAUUCCCAAUGUAGUCAUGAGACCAAGUCUGGACGAAAUUCAGGCCGUCCUCAACAAAACUGUGAACACAAUACUGUCCAUGGCAAAGGAUAUUCCGCUGUGGAAUUUUUCACAUCUGCAUCAUAAACAACUUCAGACUGAACAGAAUUCUGCGAGGGAUGCAGGCGAUGAUGGCAAAAUGACAAAGCAAGUUGUACUGAAGCCACUGGAUAAACAGCUGAGUGAACACAAGGACAUCAUCAAAGUGGUUGUCCAGCUCAGCUCCAUCAUCUCGUCCCUAAAAGCCGAUGCCAUUGACGUCCUUGAGAACUUCUCCAGCUUUUCCAACUUGUGGACCCAGGACCCAGAUGACCAGGUUAAAGAAUUUUUGGAGACAAACCCAUUAUUGUCUGAAUUCAAUGCUCAGAUUACAUCUUACACAAAACUGGAAGACCAGAUCAGUGAGCUACCAUCUGUCUGCACUGUGGGGUCGGUGCAGUGUGACAUAGAGCCUUUGAAGCUGGCUUUGACACAGGAGUGCCGCAACUGGAAAAGAGCAUUCGGGACAGCUUUGAACAAGAAGUCCUCUACAGACAUGGAUGAGAUCAUCUCUUUCAUUGACGGCCUGAGCAAGAGACUCAACAGACCCAUUGUUGACCUGGACGACGUUCGCGGGGCCAUGGCAGCACUGAAGGAGUAUCGAGAUGCUGAGAUCCGGAUUGACAUGACCAUUGGCCCAAUUGAGGAGUCGUAUGCACUUCUCAACAAGCAUGAACUGCUGUUCCACGAUGGGAACAGUGAGAAGGUGGAUGGUUUAGCAUACGCCUGGAAGAACCUAAACACACAGGUUCUGCAAACCCAGAACUUUCUAGUGAAGGUGCAGCCUGAAAUGAAGUCAGACCUUCUGGCUGGGGUACAGACAUUUCAAACUAAUGUCCAGGUUUUGUACAGCGACUAUGAUGAAAGGGGCCCAGGUGUGGAAGGUAUCUCUCCCCAGGAAGCCAGUGACCGUCUGCAGACCUUUCAGGCUCAUUUUGAUGAGCUGUGGAGUAAAUACAUCACUUAUUCUGGAGGAGAAGAGCUGUUUGGUCUUUCAGUUAAAGAAUACCCUGACCUCCAACGAAUAAAACGUGAGCUGUCCCUACUCCAGAAGCUUUAUGGACUUUACAACUCAGUAAUUGACAGUGUGAACGGAUACUAUGACAUCCUGUGGUGUGACCUGGACAUUGAGAAAAUCAACAAUGAACUCAUGGAUUUUCAGAAUAGAAUCCGUAAACUUCCCAAAGCCUUGAAGGAAUGGCAAGCAUUCAAUGACCUGAAAAAGAAGAUAGAUGACUUCAGUGAGACUUGUCCUCUGCUAGAAAUGAUGGCAAACAAGGCCAUGAUGGCGAGGCACUGGGAGCGGCUUUCACAAACAACUGGCCACAGUUUUGAUGUGGAAUCUGAAAACUUCACCCUCAAGAACAUAAUGGAAACAUCUUUGUUAACAUAUAAAGAGGACAUUGAGGAUAUCUGUAUAAGUGCAGUCAAAGAAAAAGACAUUGAAGCUAAGCUGAAGAGCGUUAUCAAUGAAUGGAGCAGCCACAUGUUCACAUUUGCCCCGUUUAAAACAAGAGGAGAGCUGCUUCUGAAAGGAUCUGAUACAACUGAGAAGGUGGCACUGAUGGAAGACAGUCUGAUGGUUCUGGCAUCUCUAAUGAGUAAUAGGUACAAUGCACCAUUCAAGCCAACAAUUCAACAAUGGGUGCAAAAGCUCUCCAACACCACAGAAAUCAUUGAAAACUGGCUCACUGUGCAGAACCUCUGGAUCUAUCUGGAAGCUGUGUUUGUUGGUGGUGACAUUGCAAAGCAGCUGCCCCAGGAAGCUAAAAGGUUUCAGAACAUCGACAAGUCCUGGCAGAAAAUAAUCCAGCGCGCUCAUGAGACUCCCAACAUUGUGCACUGCUGCGUCGGAGACGAGACUCUGGCCCAGCUUCUUCCACACUUGCUGGAACAGUUGGAGAUGUGUCAGAAGUCCCUGACAGGGUACCUGGAGAAGAAAAGGCUGAUGUUUCCCCGAUUCUUCUUCGUGUCUGAUCCUGCCCUUUUAGAAAUCCUAGGCCAGGCCUCUGACUCCCACACCAUUCAGGCGCACCUGCUGAGUCUUUUUGACAAUGUCCACCGGGUGGGAUUUCAUGAAAAGAACUAUGACCAGAUUCUCAACUUUCAGUCUCAAGAAGGAGAGACCGUUGAUCUUAUGGAACCUGUAUUAGCACAGGGCAACGUGGAAGCAUGGCUGGGACAAUUGCUUGGAGGAGUUAAAAAGACCAUUCACAAUAUCAUCAAACAGGCAUGGCUGGCAAUCAGUGACCCAGGCUUCAAGCUGUAUGAAUUCCAGUCAAUGUUUCCUGCACAGAUAGGGCUUCUGGGUAUACAGAUGGUUUGGACCAGAGACUCUGAAGAAGCCCUCGGCAUUGCGAAAAAUGAUAAAAAGGUCAUGCAGACAACCAAUCAGAAGUUUUUGGAUAUCCUGAAUGAUUUGAUAGAUAUGACAACACGAGACCUGACAAAGAUUGAACGAACAAAAUAUGAGACCCUGAUCACCAUUCACGUGCACCAGAAAGACAUCUUUGACGAUUUGGUCCGCAUGAACAUCAAGUCCACCUUGGAUUUUGAGUGGCAAAAGCAGUCUCGUUUCUACUUCAUUGAAGAUACAGACAAAUGUGUCAUCCAGAUCACUGAUGUUGAGUUUAAUUACUGCAAUGAGUACCUGGGCUGCACAGACAGACUGGUGAUUACUCCUCUAACAGACAGGUGUUACAUCACAUUAUCUCAGGCUCUGUGGAUGAGUAUGGGUGGAGCCCCUGCAGGCCCGGCCGGGACAGGCAAAACCGAGACAACCAAGGACAUGGGCAGAUGUUUGGGAAAAUAUGUGGUGGUGUUUAACUGCUCUGAUCAGAUGGACUACAGAGGACUGGGCCGUAUUUACAAAGGGCUGGCUCAAGCUGGUGCAUGGGGAUGCUUUGAUGAGUUUAACCGCAUUGAACUGCCUGUGUUGUCAGUAGCCGCUCAGCAGAUCUACAUCGUGCUGCAGUGCAAGAAGAAUAAAAAAACCCAGUUCAUCUUCACAGACGGAGAUGUGGUCGACAUGGACAGAGAUUUUGGAAUUUUCCUGACAAUGAAUCCAGGAUAUGCAGGGCGUCAGGAGCUCCCAGAGAAUCUCAAAAUCCAGUUCCGCACAGUGGCCAUGAUGGUACCCGACAGAGCGAUCAUCAUGAGAGUCAAGCUGGCCAGUGCUGGGUUCCGCGACAACCAGCUCCUCAGCCGCAAGUUCUACACUCUGUACAAGCUCUGUGAGGAACAGCUUUCAAAACAGGUCCACUAUGACUUUGGUUUGCGUAACAUUCUGUCCGUGCUGAGAACUCUUGGUGCUGUGAAGAGAUCAAACCCCAAUGAACCAGAGAAGACAGUGGUGAUGAGAGUAUUGCGGGACAUGAACCUUUCCAAACUGGUGGACGAGGAUGAACCUCUGUUUAUGAGUCUGAUUAAUGACCUGUUUCCUGGAAUAACCCUGGAUAAAGCUGGUUACCCUGAACUGGAGGCAGCCAUUCAGAAGCAAACUGAAGAAGCAGGUCUCAUCCACCACCCUCCAUGGAUCCUGAAGCUCAUUCAGCUCUAUGAGACUCAGAGAGUACGACAUGGUAUGAUGACCCUGGGCCCCAGUGGUGCUGGCAAGACAAAGUGCAUUCAUACACUAAUGAAGGCAAUGUCGGACUGUGGCGCACCUCAUAAAGAAAUGAGAAUGAACCCCAAGGCUAUUACUGCCUCCCAGAUGUUUGGGACCCUGGAUGUGGCAACAAAUGACUGGACAGAUGGUAUUUUCUCCACUUUGUGGAGAAAAACUUUGAAGGCCAAGAAGGGUGAGCACAUUUGGAUAGUACUGGAUGGCCCAGUAGAUGCCAUUUGGAUUGAAAAUCUGAAUUCAGUCCUGGAUGACAACAAGACUCUUACUUUGGCAAAUGGUGACCGCAUCCCCAUGGGACCCAACUGCAAGAUCGUGUUUGAGCCUCACAAUAUUGAUAACGCCUCUCCUGCCACAGUGUCUCGCAAUGGAAUGGUCUUCAUGAGUUCCUCAGUGCUGAACUGGAGGCCUAUUUUAAAGGCUUGGCUGCAAAACCUCCCAGCCUCCCUGUCUGAAAUUCUGUGGAACUGCUUCGACAGUGUUUUCCAAGAUUUAAUAAAUUUUGUGUUCACUGCUGUAGCUCCAAAAAUGCAGAUGCUAGAAUGUAUGUACAUCAGACAAGCCAUUGACCUACUACAAGGUCUUUUGCCAGCCACAGAAGAGAAGACACCCAGCCAGGAGCAUGUCUCAAGGCUCUUUAUUUUUGCUGUAAUGUGGUCCAUUGGAGCCCUUUUGGAGUUGGAGGACAGGGUUAAGAUGGAGAGCUGUCUUCGCAGUCACACAGCUACACUGGAGCUGCCUGAAACCAAGGGAGAAGAAACUAUCUUUGAAUUUGUUGUGAAUGAGAAUGGUCAGUGGGAUCAUUGGUUAAAGAAGGUGCCUGAAUACAGUUACCCUAAGGAUUCCAUACCAGAGUAUGCCUCUAUCCUGGUCCCCAACGUAGACAAUGUCCGGACAGACUUUCUUAUGCAAACAAUAAUGAAACAAGGCAAAGCUGUGCUUCUCAUUGGUGAACAAGGAACAGCAAAGACUGUUAUGGUGAAGGGUUUUACCAGUAAAUACGACCCUGAAGCCCAUAUGACCAAAAGCCUGAACUUCUCUUCCGCCACUCAACCCAACAUGUUUCAAAGGAGUGUUGAGAGUUACAUAGACAAGAGGAUGGGAACCACAUACGGGCCCCCGGCAGGGAAGAAAAUGACAUUGUUCAUUGAUGACAUCAACAUGCCAGUGAUCAACGAAUGGGGAGAUCAGAUCACCAAUGAGAUUGUCCGGCAGAUGAUGGAGCAAAGGGGUUUCUAUAACCUUGACAAGCCGGGUGAGUUCACCAGCAUCGUAGAUAUCCAGUUUGCAGCGGCGAUGAUUCAUCCAGGCGGCGGCAGGAAUGACAUCCCUCAGCGCCUGAAGCGCCAGUUCACUGUCUAUAACUGCACCCUGCCUUCCAACUCCUCCAUCGACAAGAUAUUCUGCACAGUGGCCACGGGCUAUUUCUGUGAGCAACGAGGCUUUCCACAAGAGGUCUGCAAACUGGCUGCCGCACUCGUGCCUACGACUCGCAAAUUGUGGCAGGCAACGAAGAUUAAGAUGCUGCCGACACCUGCUAAGUUCCACUACAUCUUCAACCUUCGUGACCUGAGCCGUAUCUGGCAGGGAAUCCUGUCUGUCACUGCAGAAGUCUGCCAGAACGCAGAGGUUCUGGUUGCUCUAUUUAAACAUGAGUGUUCCCGUGUCAUUGCUGACAGGUUCACCAACCACAAGGACAAAGAGUGGUUUGAGCAAACCAUGUUUAAGAUUGCCAGUGAGGAUCAUGGGUCAUCAAUCAUAGAGAGUGCACAUAAAGAAGCCUAUUUUGUUGACUUUUUAAGAGAUGCCCCUGAAGCCACAGGUGAAGAGCCUGAUGAUGCUGAGCUGGAUGCCCCUAAAAUCUAUGAGCCUAUCCCCUCCUUUGAGAGCCUGUCAGAGCGUCUGGUGGUGUUCAUGCAACAGUACAGUGAGGCUGUCAGAGGUACACCGAUGGAUCUGGUGUUUUUCAAGGAUGCAAUGAUUCAUUUGGUGAAGAUCUCCCGUGUCAUUCGCACUCCACAAGGGAAUGCUUUGCUUGUUGGAGUGGGCGGCUCUGGAAAGCAGAGUUUGACCAGACUAGCUUCCUUCAUCGCUGGAUAUGAGAGUUUUCAAAUAACACUAACACGGACGUACAAUACGAGCAAUCUCAUGGAUGACCUGAAGCAGUUGUACCGCACAGCUGGCCAGAGGGGGAAAGGUAUCACCUUCAUCUUCACAGACAACGAGAUCAAAGACGAGUCCUUCCUUGAGUACAUGAACAAUGUGCUGGCCUCUGGUGAGGUCUCUAACCUGUUUGCCAGAGACGAGGUUGAUGAGAUCACCCAGGACCUCAUCUCUGUUAUGAAGAAAGAAUACCCGAGGCGACCGCCCACUGCUGAGAACCUCUAUGACUACUUCCUGUCCCGCGUGCGCAGCAAUCUCCAUGUGGUUCUCUGCUUCUCCCCUGUGGGUGAGAAGUUCCGCAACCGUGCCCUCAAGUUUCCUGGCCUAAUUUCUGGCUGUACAAUGGACUGGUUCCAGCGCUGGCCAAGAGACGCCCUGGUGGCUGUGGCGCAGCACUUCCUGACCUCCUACAAGAUUGAGUGCUCUGAGGAGGUAAAGCAGAAUGUAGUGAGCACCAUGGGCACGUUCCAGGAUCUGGUGGCAGAAAAGUGUGUUGAAUACUUCGAGCGUUUCCGUCGGCAGACAUACGUCACCCCCAAAUCUUACCUGUCCUUCAUAGCUGGCUACAAAAUCAUCUAUUCAGAGAAGAUUGCCCACGUAGGAAUGCUCUCUGAACGCAUGAAGACAGGCCUUGCCAAGCUGAUGGAAGCAGAGGUGUCUGUGAGCCAACUUUCUAAGGAGCUGGCUGUUAAGGAAAAGGACCUGGCAGUUGCUUCCAGGAAGGCUGACGAGGUCUUACAGGAAGUGACAGUGAAGGCCCAGGCUGCCGAGAAGGUGAAAAUGCAGGUUCAGAAAGUAAAGGACAAGGCCCAGGCUAUUGUCGAUGAGAUUGAGGCAGACAAAGCUGUGGCCGAGGAGAAGCUGGAAGCAGCAAGACCUGCUUUGGAAGAGGCAGAAGCAGCAUUGCAGACGAUAAAACCAGCCGACAUUGCCACUGUGAGGAAGCUGGGUAAGCCGCCCCAUCUGAUCAUGCGCAUCAUGGACUGUGUGCUGCUGCUGUUCCAGAGGAAGGUGGAUACGAUUACUAUGGACCCUGAACGACCUUGUUUAAGACCAUCCUGGAGCGAAGCCCUUAAGCUAAUGAAUAACUCUGGGUUCCUCAGCAGUUUGUUAGCAUUCCAAAAGGACACUAUCACAGAAGAGGUGGUUGAAUUGCUGACCCCUUACUUGGAUAUGGAAGACUACAACCUGGAAACAGCCAAGAAAGUGUGUGGAAAUGUGGCAGGGCUGUGCUCCUGGACUCAAGCAAUGGCAUGUUUCUUCGACAUUAAUAAAGAAGUUCUUCCACUCAAGGCAAAUCUAGCCCUGCAAGAAGCCCGUCUCAUAGUUGCUCAGACAGAGCUGAACAACGCGCAGCAGCAGCUUGACGAGAAGCAGCGGGAGCUUGACGAGGUGCAGGCCAUGUACGACACGGCCAUGAGAGAGAAGCAGACCUUGCUGGAUGACGCCGAUGCCUGCCGCAGAAAGAUGAACAAUGCCACUGCCCUCAUCGAGGGUCUAGGUGGAGAGAAGAUCCGAUGGACAGAAAGCAGCAAACACUUCCAGAAUCAGAUCAAUCGGCUGGUGGGGGAUGUGCUGCUGGCCACUGGAUUCCUUUCCUACUCAGGGCCCUUCAACCAGGAGUACAGGAACCUCUUACUGCAGCUGUGGAAGAAAGAGAUGAGCACCUACAAGAUCCCCUACAGCGAUGAGCUGAAUCUCAUCAGCAUGCUGGUCGACAAUGCUACCAUCGGUGAGUGGAACCUCCAGGGGCUCCCAAACGAUGACCUCUCCAUUCAGAAUGGCAUCAUUGUGACCAAAGCCUCCCGAUACCCCCUCCUCAUCGAUCCUCAGGGCCAAGGCAAGAUUUGGAUUAAAAAUAGAGAAAAGAACAAUGAACUCCAGGUAACCUCAUUAAACCACAAGUAUUUUAGGAGCCACCUGGAAGACUGCUUGUCCUUGGGAAGACCUUUACUGAUAGAGGAUGUUGGGGAGGAAUUGGACCCAGCUCUGGAUAAUAUUUUGGAGAAAAACUUUAUUAAAUCUGGUUCAACUUACAAAGUAAAAGUGGGUGACAAAGAGGUUGAUGUCAUGAAGGGGUUCACACUCUAUAUAACCACCAAACUAGCUAACCCAGCUUAUACUCCAGAGAUUAGUGCCAGAACAGCCGUCAUCGACUUCACCGUGACAAUGAAGGGGCUUGAAGACCAGCUACUGGGACGUGUCAUCCUCACUGAGAAACAAGAACUGGAAGCCGAAAGAGUGAAGCUCUUGGAAGAGGUGACGUCUAACAAAAGGAAAAUGCAGGAGCUAGAAGAUAACCUCUUGUUCCGUCUGACCAGCACUCAAGGCUCCCUGGUGGAUGAUGAAUCGCUGAUUGAAGUUCUGCGCAUCACUAAAACCACAGCCGAGGAGGUCAGUGAGAAACUUAAUAUAGCAGCUGAAACGGAGGUGAAAAUCAAUGCAGCGCGGGAGGAGUACCGCCCAGUGGCCACCCGUGGCAGUAUCCUAUACUUCCUGAUUGUGGAGAUGAGCCUGGUGAACGUCAUGUAUCAGACAUCCCUCAGACAGUUCCUGGGCCUGUUUGAUAUGUCUAUGGAGAAGUCUGUCAAGUCCCAGAUCACCUCCAAACGUAUCGCCAACAUCAUUGAGUACCUGACCUACGAGGUGUUCAGGUACACGGCUCGAGGCCUCUAUGAGGAUCACAAGUUCCUCUUCACACUGCUCAUGGCACUCAAGAUCGACUUGCAAGCCAAGAAGAUUUCCCAUGAGGAGUUUCAGACACUUAUUAAAGGAGGUGCAGCGCUGGAUCUCAAUUCCGUCGAGCCCAAACCGAAGAAAUGGAUCCUUGACAUUACUUGGCUGAACCUGGUGCAGCUGUCUCAUUUGUAUCCCUUCAAUGAGCUCCUAGGACACGUGGCCAGGAACGAUAAAGCCUGGAAAACCUGGUUUGAUGAAGAAGCCCCAGAAGAGGCUCCAGUUCCUGAUGGCUAUGACAGAAUGCUGGAUACAUUUCGCAAGCUGCUGCUGAUCCGCAGUUGGUGCCCAGAUCGCACUGUUGCGCAGGCUCGUCAUUACAUCGCAGAAUCCCUGGGGGUGAAAUACGCAGAGGGGGUGAUCCUGGAAAUGGAGGGCAUGUGGAUAGAGAGUGACAAUCGAACCCCCAUGGUCUGCUUCUUAUCUAUGGGUUCAGAUCCAACAGAAAACAUUGAAAGACUGUCAAAAACUAAGAAUACUCCAUGCCGUGCAAUUUCCAUGGGUCAGGGGCAGGAGGUCCAUGCAAGGCGUUUGCUGAACCAGAGCAUGCAAGAUGGAGGCUGGCUGCUUCUGCAGAACUGCCAUCUCGGUCUGGAUUUUCUGGAUGAGCUCCUGGAUACCAUCACCACCAUUGAGUCCAUGCAUGAUGGCUUCCGGACCUGGGUUACCACCGAGGCCCAUCCUAAAUUCCCAAUCAACCUCUUACAGUCGUCCAUCAAAUUUACCAAUGAGCCACCUCAAGGUGUUAAAGCUGGUUUGAAGCGCACUUACUCCAGUAUUACCCAGGAGCAGCUGGAGAUCAGCAACAUGCCUCAGUGGAAGCCCCUGUUGUAUGCUGUGGGGUUCCUUCACACAACUGUGCAGGAGAGACGCAAGUUUGGCCCCCUGGGUUGGAAUAUCCCCUAUGAGUUCAACCAGGCAGAUUUCACUGCCAGUGUGCAGUUUGUCCAGAACCACUUGGAUGAAAUGGACAUCAAGCGUGGCGUGAACUGGAGCUGCAUGCGCUACAUGCUGGGGGAGGUGCAAUACGGGGGCCGUGUCACAGACGACCUUGACAAGCACUUGCUCAACACCUUUACACAGGUCUGGUUUGGGGAGAACAUGUUUUCAGACAAGUUCUAUUUCUACAAGGGCUACGUCAUUCCCAAGGGCAAGACAGUCCAGGACUACAUGGAGCACAUUGAGUUGCUGCCUCUCGUUGAUUCUCCAGAGGUGUUUGGUCUUCACCCAAAUGCAGACAUAACAUAUCAAACCAACAUGGCAAAUGAGACCCUAAGCACAGUGGUGAACAUCCAGCCCAAGGACAGCGGUAGUGGAGGAGGGGAGACCAGAGAGGCAACAGUGCAGAGGCUGGCAGACGAGAUGCUGGAGAAGCUUCCCCCUGACUACAUCCCUCAUGAGGUCAAAGCACGUCUCCAGAAGAUGGGUACCUUCCAGCCAAUGAAUAUUUUCUUACGACAAGAGAUUGACCGUAUGCAGCGCAUCAUCAGCAGGGUUCGGAAUACCCUCAUCGACCUCAAGCUCGCAAUAGACGGUACAAUCAUCAUGUCUGAAGACUUACGGGAUGCUCUUGACAACAUGUAUGAUGCCCGUAUACCCAAACUGUGGUACAAGAUUUCCUGGGAGUCAGCCACCCUGGGCUUCUGGUUCACAGAGCUUCUGGAGAGAAACCAACAAUUCCACACCUGGCUGUUUGAUGGGCGACCCAAUCAGUUCUGGAUGACAGGAUUCUUCAACCCACAGGGCUUCCUGACAGCUGUGCGACAAGAAACCACUCGAAUGAAUUUGUCUAAAGGCUGGGCUCUAGAUGGUGUUAUCUUGCACAAUGAUGUGACCAGAAUGAUGAAGGAAGAUGUCACUGGGCCUCCCCCUGUAGAUAUUGGUGGGGUUUACAUCUAUGGUCUCUUCCUGGAUGGAGCUGGAUGGGACAGAAGGAAUACUAAACUAAUGGAAUCUUCUCCAAAGGUUCUGUUCACUUCUCUGCCAGUGGUUCAUGUUUAUGCAAUCAGCACCACAGCUCCCCCAGACCCAAAGAAGCAGCAAGGGAGUCUGUAUUCAUGUCCUGUGUACAAGAAGCCAAGGCGCACAGAUCUAACGUACAUUUUCUCUUUGUAUUUGAAAACAACAAAAGUCCCUGAUCACUGGACCCUGAGAGGGGUAGCUUUGCUUUGUGACUCAAAAUAAGACAAAAGGGCACGUGUUUUUAAGCAAGCUUAUCAUUGAAGUAGAGUACAAACAUGGGUUGUUUAUUUUAUCCCUACUUAAUAUAUAUAUUAACUGGAUGCUUUAAAAUCGUUGUUCUAAGCUUAGUCCUUGAUACCAAAUGUUUUAUUUCUACUGUAGUACUAGAAUUAUCCAUGGGUGCAUACAGUUGGUAUUUAUUGUACUAGUAAUACCGGCGUGUAUACUUUACUUCCUUUAUAUGUACUACUAAAGGAAUUAUAAUGUCAUUAUAUUGUUUAAAACAGUAGUCAAUACAGGCCCUGUACAAAGCCUUUCAUGAAUAAGAUCAUCCUUUAAUGUCACAAAACAAGAAAUGAACAAUUAAAGAAUGCAUGAGGGCCCGUGAAUGUUGUUUUGUUACUCCAAAGGACCUCUCUUCAGAAACAAAAUCAUGCUAAUAACACUUUGAAGUAAAUGUUCUUGAAUUUGUUGUUAUUGUACAAAGUGUUUUUUUUUUUUUGCUAAAUGGAUAUUUUCACUAACUAGAAAAAAAUGUGGUUAAUUGGACAAACAUUUUGAAAAAGUGUCUCGUCAAUCUCUCUUGUGUUAAAUAGCUUUAACACGUAAUACAUUGUCAAAGACUCAUCAAAGACAAUUUUAUAACUAUUUGUACUACUGAAUAUUGAUAUACACUGUUUAAAAUGAUAUGUUUAACUAAAAUUAUCUUUAAUGCACUUUUUAGUAGAGAUUUAUUAAGCAUCUCCAUAGAGGAUAUACAAAUUGAAUUAUUGAUCACAAAAAGUAAUGUAGUUCUUGAUAUAGCUAUUAUGUGUUAAAUGUUAAAACUGCAUUCCAAAUAUACCUACUGUACUUGACCUGAACCACAUUUUCUGGUUCUGUUGUACGGAAGGACUUGAAAUGUUUUAAUGGUCUGUAGUCAAUUCUUGGAUAACAAGUUACUGUAUUUGUAGAUAUUAUAAUUGCAUUUUUUUGUCUUUUUUUUCACAAAUAAAGACACAAAACACAA